CCGACCGUGCAUUGCCCGCCAUCCACCCCCACCACUUUCUGCCGCAGAAGAGUGCAUCGCCAUGUCGUCGCUGAAUGGCGCGCCCAUCGACACGGCUGCCCCCGGGCACGCCGACACGUCCGUCACCAAGGAAGGCUUCAAGAUGACGACGCGCAAGCUGCCCAUCCUCAAGGCCGACCCCAUCGACGACAUGACCAAGAAGCUGGGCAUCCCGCCGCCCGAGAUGAUCUUCGGCGACAACCUCGUGCGCAUCGAGCACCCUCGCAGCGGCUGGUCCAUAGAAUUCAACGCCUUCGACGCCCUGGACAUGGUCGACAAGACGGGCGAGAACAUGUUCAAGGUGAGCUACUCGAAGGAGUGGCAGCAGAACCGCCAGAAGCAGUUCUCCGACAUCAAGGAGGUCGUGAAGCCCUUCGACUGGUCCUACAGCACCGCGUAUACCGGCACCGUCCCCGAAACACCCGCCUUCACACCCACCACCACUCCCAUCCCCCUCGCCCUCCUCAGGCGUCCAGACCCCAUCCACUUCUUUGACGAGGUCAUGCUGUAUGAAGAUGAGCUGGCCGACAACGGCAUCGCCAUGUUGUCUUGCAAGAUCCGCGUCAUGCCCGCCCGCCUGCUGCUGCUAGUGCGCUUCUUCAUGCGUCUGGACGAUGUUGUACUUAGGAUACGGGACACGCGCGUCUUUGUCGAGUUUGGGACUGAUGAGGUGAUCCGGGAAUACACAGCCAGGGAGGAGUCGUAUGAAGAGGUUAGGAAGAAACUGGCAGCGAGAGGGAGAAAGGACGACGUGCUAGCCAUCAUGCGGGACCCAAAUCUGCUGACAGAGCACAUGCCGGUGGUGGAGUCGAGGCUGGAGGGACUGAAAUUGAGCUGAGGCAUGUGAAGUGGUUGGAAUUGAGACGAGCAAGAUACGUUGGACGAGAAAGCAUUGCGAAGGAAAAAUAGGACGACUCAAGUGUGGAGCCUAGGAAUAUGAGUAUGUGAAGCGUGUGAAGACACCAAAUCAGAGGCAGGAUGUUGUAAAUCGAUCAGAAACAAAAAGUAGAAUACCAUUGAUCACCCUUCAAAGUCCCGUUCCCCCUCCUCUCAACCAAUAUAAAAGCACCCCAACCCCCCCAGACCUCUCUCCCAC